AUGUCAUUCUACCUAGCCAUAGUCUCGCCCCUCGACUCCCCCUUAUUCGAACUCUCCCUCCCUUCUCCCUCCCGCCUCAACCCGUCCCAAACUCCCACAUCUGGCCAUUCAUCCAUACCCGUCGCUUCAUCAUCGGCGGCGGGGUUUCCCACUUGGUCUAGCUUCACCGGGGCCGGAGGGGAGGGGUCGACGACAGGGGGUGCAGCUGGACCGGCAGGAGGGGCAGGGAUGGCGGAUAGGGCGUUGAUGCAGAUGAUUGCGUUCAAGAGUCUGGAUGGGGUGGAGGAGGUGCAAGAGUCGACGGGGAGCCUAUACCUCCGGAAUGUGGACAAACAUAAUGAAUGGACCGUGUCUGCGUAUCUAGCAAUGGGAGUCAAGUUCAUCCUCGUCCACGACCAGAAGAAUGACGAUGGGAUCCGCAUGUUCUUCAAUGAGCUAUGGGAACUAUGGGUCAAGAUACUGCUCAAUCCGUUUCAUACGGUCAAUACGCCAGUACGGAGUAGCGCGUUCGAGAAUAGAGUGAGGGGAGCAGCCAAGCGGUAUCUAUGA